AUGUCGGAACCGACGCAUAAAAACGACGAUACAAAAUGGAAAAUCUUUUCAAUGUCUGAUAAAACACUCGGAAAAGAUCCGAAGUAUCCCAACUCGUUGACCAACUGGGUGAUCUCGGAUGGAAAAUCCCUUAAGCUGCUUCCCAAUCACUAUGCACUCCCAGAAGACAUUCGCAAAACUCAGAAAAUGAAUUAUUUUUUGAUCGAUUACCGCGAAUUGCGUGCAAUCAAAAGCGUGGAAUCGAGUUUACCGGGAUUCACCUGGAAAACGUGUGCAGACUUCUUCGGGACUUUUGAGACGUUUGCAAAGAUGCUAAAAAUGUUUGGCGGUGGUGUCCAGAAGAAAUUUUACCUUCGUGUAAUCUCUGCUAAUGUGAUGGGCGACGAGCAACCAGGGGAUUCUCGAGUUUUUGCUGAUGAGGUGGCAAUUAUGAUCCCAUUUUUGAGAGAACAACAGGGAAUGCCUUUCGAAAACGGUGCAGAUGAGCAUGAUAAAAUUUUCAAAAGGUUCAAUCCACUCCUCCAAUUUUAUUCCACUAUCACGCUCGACGACUUGGAAAAGUUGCUCAAAGAAUAUGAUGUUGACAAGUCGUUAUUAACACUUGUGGACGAUCCCGUUCAUGUCAUCGGAUGGAGAUCACUUGAAAUGACGGGUACACCGUUCAAAGUCCUAAAUGCCAUUAGUUUUCCUAUCAUCAGCAAAAAACAGGCGAUACUGUACAUGUUUCAACACUUAGUUUGCGGUGUGAAUUGGGAAGAAGUUUCACUAGGUGUUCGUUCCCAUAUUAUUGGGGUCGUCGGUAUGUGCAGUGUAGGUCCAAAUGGCGAUUACUUGGCCUUUGACGCUGUUGUCAACCUCAUUGUUCUUGUGAAUCAAAUCCGUUCUCCAAAUGAUCUGGUUGGUUAUGACGAGUACAAAGAAAUUGCUGCAGCGUUCAACUUGCCGGUUUACGUAUUUGUGAAUAUGAACUUGCCGGCUCUGCCAGUAUGGAUGCUCAGAGCAUUGCUCACUCUCGGAUGGCUUCACAGUAUAGUUCAAAACGAUGCCAAGUUGCACGAUUUUGUCGCUGGUAUUGCUGAGGCAACCAUAACUGCUCUCAUGGCUACAAUUCCGAAAGUUGAUCGAAAGUUCAUUAGAGAUGUACAGAAAGAAGCUCUUGGCUACAUUUUUAAACAACUUGGAUUGAAAGAAGAACAAGGCAAGGUUUUAGGUGUCCAUGCCCAGCAACACGAGGAAGAGAAUGUUGAGAAACCAGGAAAGAAUGGAAAGACCGCAGGACAAGAUGAUAAGUCAUAA